AGACCGUCAACCCGCCAAGUAGCAAGUACCACAUGAAAUGUGUGUGGAUGACAUGUGCAGUGGUUAUGUGUGAUAAAAAUAAAAUAAAUUUUGAUAACUAAUAGUGUGUAGAUAUGAGCAGAAAAUAAAUUUGAUGAAAGUUUACACUUAUUGUUUCUUCCAGAAGUCACGUCUUACAGUAUAGAAAAUGCAAGCACUGUUAAAUGCAUACGGCGUCGGGAAAAGACAUCCAGAAGACCCAUUUUUCGAAGAAGGUGAUAAACUAUGUAAACCUUACAAAAGAGAGGGUGUAUUUGAUGUUGAUGAUGAAGACCUUUGCCAUGAAGUUAUCGAAACAUUUUCGUGCACCGUGCUCGGCUGUCAUUGGCAGAUGAAGUCCCUCCUGGAGUUCGAAGCGCACUACAACUCCGUCCACCGCUACACGUGCGCAAAGUGCAAGAAGCAUCUGCCCACGCCUCACUUGUUGGAUCUGCACGUCGCCGAGACGCACGACUCGUUCUUCCAGGCCCAGGCCGAGAGACAACCGAUGUACUGCUGCUACGUGGAGUCGUGCCAGGAGAAGUUCAGCGACCCGCCGUCUCGCCGCAGCCACUGCGUGCAGGAGCACAAGUACCCGGCAGACUUCAGGUUCGACGCGGUGCGCACCAAGCACGGGAGCACCCCUCGGAGGCACGGCAAGAGCCGGCCGGCCGGCAAGGGCGUGCUCGGGCCGAGACACGGCAUCGGGUGCGAGUGGCACACCAGGGGCCGGCGCGCCUCCCGGGACAGCCCCUUGGACGGCGAGGCGUUCGCGGCAGAGCUGCGAGACAGCCUGCCGCAGUGAGAGUCGGCGAUGUUUGUUCCGCCUCGCGUGUCGUUCCUUACUGGCAUUUUGCACCAGUAACCGUGUGUCCGAUUCUCAAAAAAAAAAACGCACUGUACACGUCAACCCAGGAAACUAAAAAUUCCAGAUUUUUUUCCUAUACAGUUAAAUGUCUAGUGAAGUGACCUAUAAAUAAUAGACAGGUGUAAAAAAUAAAAGUUUUUAUUUUCAGGGAGUAGUUGCGAUGAUUGACGUGCAUAAUUUUUAAAAGCAAACAACACAGGUGCAAAUGGUGAUAAGAAAUGUCUUUCAAACUACAAAAUUGAUGAUCAGAAUUGACAAUAUGUGGGAAUUGAGCUGAAAAGUAACUCCCACCAGAACUGGGGAACUGGCUGGUUUAAAUGGAAUGUGAUUUAUUAUUGUAUCCAGAAUUAAAUAUACCUAUUUUAGUUUCGUUGUACUUAUUAAGAUACUUUUACAAGUGAAUAUUAACUGAAAUAAAAUUAACAAUGAA